GCUGCCUGCGGUUUGACUGCCAUCCGGGCUGCUGCAGGCACUGGGAAAGGCAGUCCAGCCUCAGUCCUCGCUACAGACACGGGCGAUUGUCCUCCUGCGUGUGAGCCAAAGCAUACUCCAGGCCUCCAGGAGGUGUUUGUCGCGACAACACCUGGAAAGGGCCCGUGCGGAGUCCCUUAGUGAGCGGACCGAAAACCGCCACCCUGGAAGGAUAUUGGCAGGCCCUAGGGGCUAUCACACUACGACACUGGGGGGUGUGGGUAUCCUCCGAGUACUCGUCCCCGGGCGCCUCCACCCAGACCUGAGGGGUGUCGGGAAGACCCCAGCCUACCGAGUCAGGGCGGGGUUAAGACCGCCGGCGCUGGAAACGUGUAGGGCGGGGCCCAGAUCCGGGUCCCGCUAGCAGGGCGGUGUGGGACGCGCAUGCGCAAUGUCCGCUUCGGCUCUAGGACCGCGCGGGAGACAGCAGGGCCGCGGUGCAGUGCCAGACCCGAGAGUUGCGGCCUGAGUCACCGGCCCUGCCUUCCAGAGCCGGACGCUGCGGGAGGCCCGGGAGCGGCAGCGGAACGGACUCCCAGACCUCCAGACGCGUGCAGUGCAGGGAGUCGCAGCCAUGUUCCUGGUUAACUCGUUCUUGAAGGGCGGCGGCGGCGGCGGAGGAGGGGGGGGCCUGGGUGGGGGCCUGGGGAAUGUGCUUGGAGGCCUGAUCAGCGGGGCCGGCGGCGGCGGCGGCGGUGGUGGAGGCGGAGGCGGCGGCGGUGGUGGUGGAACUGCCAUGCGCAUCCUAGGCGGAGUCAUCAGCGCCAUCAGCGAGGCGGCUGCGCAAUACAACCCGGAGCCCCCGCCCCCACGCACACAUUACUCCAACAUUGAGGCCAACGAGAGUGAGGAGGUCCGGCAGUUCCGGAGACUCUUUGCCCAGCUGGCUGGAGAUGACAUGGAGGUCAGCGCCACAGAACUCAUGAACAUUCUCAAUAAGGUUGUGACACGACACCCUGAUCUGAAGACUGAUGGUUUUGGCAUUGACACGUGUCGCAGCAUGGUGGCGGUGAUGGAUAGUGACACCACAGGCAAGCUGGGCUUUGAGGAAUUCAAGUACUUGUGGAACAACAUCAAAAGGUGGCAGGCCAUAUACAAACAGUUUGACACUGACCGAUCAGGGACCAUUUGCAGUAGUGAACUCCCAGGGGCCUUUGAGGCGGCAGGGUUCCACCUGAAUGAGCAUCUCUAUAACAUGAUCAUCCGACGCUACUCAGAUGAAAGUGGGAACAUGGAUUUUGACAACUUCAUUAGCUGCUUGGUCAGGCUGGACGCCAUGUUCCGUGCCUUCAAAUCUCUUGACAAAGAUGGCACUGGACAAAUCCAGGUGAACAUCCAGGAGUGGCUGCAGCUGACUAUGUAUUCCUGAACUGGAGCCCCAGACCCAUGCCCUCACCGCCUCGCUAUAGGAGUCACCUGGAGCCUGGGUCUCUCCCAGGGCCCAUCCUGUCUGCAGUCACAUCUUUGUGGGGCCUGCUGACCCACAGCUUUUGUUCUCCCAGCACUUGUUACCCAGAUUCUCAACAUCCAGGGCCCAAUAUGCCUGCCUGGAGUUUCCCUUGGCUCUAGAACACUCUAACAAGCUCUGUCCAAGGGUCUCCCCACUCCCACCAGGCCCUGCACACACCCGCUCCGUAACCUCUCCCCUGUAUCUGUGCCAAGCCUAGCACUUGUGAUGCUUCCAUGCCCCGAGGGCCCUCUCUCGGUUCUGGGAGGAUGACUCCAGUCCCUGCACCCCUGGCACACCCUUCAUAGUUGCCACCCAGGCGGCCAAGCUCCAGACCGUGCCAGACCCAGGCGCCCCAGUGCCUUUGUCUAUAUUCUGUUCCCAGACUGCCAGGCCCAGGAGGAAAUAAACACGCCCCAGUUGCUCGUCUCUA